UCGAUGGCUCACAAAGAGAAGAAGAGGAAAAGUUUCUCGAAGCGAUCGAGAUAUCCACAAGAGACCGGACAAUUGCCAGCAAUAGAUCCGUCAGAUGCUGAAACAGGACUCCCGGAUGAGACUCGCACACGCUUGUUCGACUUGUUUUCUCAGAUCACACGAGAAUUGGAAACAGUAUACGCUGAAAACGUUGCUCUUCAUCGGAAAGUUCAGCUGUUAACAGAUAAGUUGGACAGCCUACAAGCUGCUGAUCGCAGUGAUUUGAGUUUCAAGCAAAAUGAAUUGUUGUCAGUGUCACAUUCUCCUCCAGACUAUCAAGAAUCGUCAGGAAAGCAAAGUCGACUCGGAGCAAAGAAAGGAUCAGCAUCUAGUCAGAUUUCUCAGAAACUGAAAACUACGUACAAAGCUGGGACUAGCAAGAUUGUUUCUAGCUUUAAGAACUCGGUUAAUGUUGACUGUGCGGUACUAAAGGAGUAUCUUGGGCAUAAUGAUGGAGUUUGGGACGUGUCUUUUGCUCAUCACGGGCAACCUCUCAUUGCCACGGCAUCUGCGGACAAAACUGCUCGUGUGUGGCACAGUGGGUCAGCUGCUUGUCUACUGCUUUAUGAAGCUCACACAGGAUCAGUUAAUUCGAUUCGAUUUCAUCCAACAGAAGCACUUCUCUGCACAGCCUCGGGUGACAUGUCAACUCACAUCUGGAAGGUUAACAUUUCACUUCAAAAACAAUCAGGCACACCCACAGCGACAGAGGUUACAGUGGAUGAGAUCUCUCCCAGACAUUCGCCUGAGCCCGAAGACCAAGAGAAUUAUGAUUUGUUUGAGGCUGCGUCAUCGCUUCAACUGAUUUUGAAGGAACAUACUGGUGUUGUUAUUGCUGCUGAAUGGAUGUGUGAUGGUAAGCAGUUGGUGUCUGCAUCAUGGGACCAUGUCGCCAAACUGUGGGAUGCAGAACGAGGAGAAUGUGUGUGUACACUGUCAGGUCAUGAUCAAGAGUUGACUAACUGCUCUACUCAUCCGAUGAAGAAAUUGAUUAUCACAUCUUCUCGCGAUACAACAUUUAGAUUGUGUGACAUUCGCACUCCUACGGUUCAUGCAGUGAACGUCUUUCAAGGACACUCUAAUGUUGUCACUACUGCUGCAUUUACAAGCAAGGACAAUAUUGUGAGUGCUAGUGAUGAUCGAACUAUCAAGGUGUGGGAUCUAAAGAACAUGAGAUCUGCUCUCACUACAAUUAGAACCCAUGCUGCAUGCAACAGACUGGCAGUCUCAUCGAAAGAAAUUUUAGCUGCUCCUCUUGACAACCGAGAUGUUCGUCUAUGGGACCUCGCUGGUACAAGACUGGUGACUGCAAAACGCACUCGUCGCCAGGGACAUAGCAGGAUGGUCAGCAGUGCUGUAUGGAGUGAUGACUUGGCGUCUGGUGUCAAUCUGUUUACCUGUGGUUUUGAUAGAAAAGUCAUAGGAUGGAAAGUCUCUGUCUGAUGUUCGCAUUGAUUGCUAAGUGAUUGUGACUUCAGACGCAAAGGUAUAUAAGGAAGAGUUUAACGCCUCGAUCAGAUCUGUUUUUGAUUAUUAGCCAACAUGCAUACAUUGAAUUGUUUAACUUUUAUGAAAAUAGAAUAUGAUGC